AUUCCUGUCAUUUGGAGAAAUCAUGGGGAUGUUGCUGAUGAUCCUUUCAUUGAUUGGGGCUUGUUUAACCACUGCUAUAGCUAUUGUUUUCUUUCGAUUCAGAGAUACCCCCAUUGUUAAAGCUAAUAACUCUGAACUCAGUUUCCUUCUUCUGUUUUCAUUAGCUCUGUGUUUCCUUUGUUCACUUACUUUCAUUUGCCAGCCCUCUGAGUGGUCCUGUAUGUUGCGCCACACUGCCUUUGGGAUCACAUUUGUCCUGUGCAUCUCUUGUGUUCUGGGGAAAACAAUAGUUGUGUUAAUGGCGUUUAGGUCUACCCUUCCUGGUAAUAAUAUGAUGAAAUGGUUUGGGCCUACCCAACAGCGGCUAACUCUUUUUGCAUUUACAUUCAUUCAAAUCUUGAUUUGCACUCUUUGGUUAAUAAUAUCCCCUCCUUUUCCAAACAAAAACAUGAACUCUUUCAAAGACAGAAUCAUUUUAAAAUGUGACCUGGGAUCUGCAGCAGCAUUUUAUGCUGUGUUAGGGUAUAUUGGGUUUCUUGCUGCCAUGUGCUUUGUGCUCGCUUUUCUGGCUCGUAACCUACCAGAUAACUUUAAUGAAGCUAAAUACAUUACAUUUAGCAUGCUCAUAUUCUGUGCUGUUUGGAUCACUUUCAUCCCAGCUUACAUCAGUUCACCUGGGAAGUACACAGUAGCUGUAGAAAUAUUUGCGAUUCUAGCUUCCAGCUUUGGUUUGCUCUUCUGUAUUUUUGCUCCUAAAUGUUAUAUCAUAUUACUUAAGCCUGAGAAGAAUACAAAAAAACAUUUGAUGGGAAAAGGGCCCUAA